AUGGAGGCCGCUACACUGGGUGGAAAUGUUUCAGCUUUUGAACUGGACUGCAAACCGACUGAAAAAUGUGUCAUCAUGUGCGGGAUGUGUCCAUUUUGCGCUUUUGCCGCAAAACCACCGGGUUCAGUUCAGUGUUUGUGGAAAGUCUCUGACGACUUCAAGAGGAAGUUUAUAAUGAACCUGCUUUUACAAUGUCGGAACAUUAACACGCUCGAGAGCAUCCAGAGAGUGCUGAACGUAACUUCAUGGACUUUAUUUACCUACGCCAGGUCAAAGAGACCACUUACAUCAAAGUACAGCUCUAGUACAGACAGGGUACUGGGAAGGAAACCAGUCGGACUGGACUUGAAACGUAUACUGGACUGGUUCAACAGCAGCACCGAGUGGUUGAAGUUGCGCUAUCUUUGCCGCCUUUUCUCAUUUUGUGACUCAGAAAUGUUACAUAUGAUUACCAAUUUGACAAGCGUGCUUCUAGCCAGAAAAAAACGAGGAUUUCUGCCAUAUAAUGGUAAAAGCACAUCUCUCAGUCGGAAAUGUAAGGAGAGUGAAGACUCAGAGGACCCUGCUCUUAUGGUGGUUCCUGGAUCCUUAAAGUCUGCAUCAGGAGUCAGCAGAUACAGAGACUUCAUAGGCUGCCUGCAUGUUUACCUGUCAAAGAGAAUAUUAGGUCUGUUGGAUGAAAACACUCUUAGAGUCUGUCAGAAGGUUUGUCGAUACUGGCAGUACCUCGCACAGGAAACUCUGGAGGAAAAGAAGUUAGCAAGAAAGUUUCAAGAUAAAAUAAAGGCCAUGAUGGAGAAAAACAAAGGGAUGAGAACAGUCAGCCCUACUUAUGCUAAAAUUGUUGCUGUUCCGGUACCUGUUAGAGACGAUGAGGAAACAAAUACUCAACCUCCCAUUCAAAAGGUCAAGCUGUUUGAAGCUGCUUAUGCCAAAAUCAAAACCAAAAUGGUGCAAAUGGAAGAGCGAAAUGUUUACUGUGGUGCAUAUUUUACCACGGUUCUAGUGGAGCAGGAAGACCCUCAUCGUGUGGUAGACUACAGAGGCAGAUCGUUGAUGGCCACAGGCUCUAAAGACUGUGUGGUGAAUCUGCUAUAUGUGACGUCACAAACUAAAACCGUGUCGAAGCUGAAGGGUCAUGUUGGCGGCAUCCAGGUGGUGCUACUCUGUGAGGAACGAGACUUGCUGAUUUCUGCCAGCUGGGACUCAAGUAUCAGGUGUUGGAAUCUGAAGACAGACACUUGUUUGAUGAUUCUGUACGGUCACACUAGAGCUGUAAACUGUCUGGACGUUCAUGGUGAUAGACUUGUUUCAGGAGCCAAAGACUGUCUUGUUAAAGUGUGGAGUCUGCACACAGGAAAGCUUUUUGAGGAUCUAAAUUUCAAGCACCCAAGUCCUGUCCAAUGUGUGAAGAUCAACAAAACGACAGUGUAUAGCAGCUGCAAUCGAGGGUUCAUCAAAAUAUGGGACAUGGAGAAUGCAGCGCUGCUCAGGGUGAUCAAUGACCACAAGAAUUCAGUGAACUGUCUGUUCCUUGAUGAGUGGCAUCUUUUGUCUGGGGACUCUGUUGGGCAGGUCAUGGCCUGGAGCACCAACUGUGAUGUUAAAGAUUGUCUGAUGACCUUCAACCACCCAAAGGAGGUGAAAUCUCUGACUCUCCUGUACCUCCGUGUCAUUACUGGCUGUGCUGAUGGAAAGAUCCGAGUGUUCAAUUUUCUCACUGGAGAUUGUCUGAGAGAAAUCAAGGCAGAGGCUGAAACAGGACGAUUAAUGUCGCUGCACUUUCAUGACAACAGUAUUCUAGUGAACUCAGCCUCCUGUGUGAAGCACUACCAGUUUGCUAAAGUGUUCUGGGAUUACACAGAGUCAACAGAGAGAGGCAGAGGUGAUGAAGUGUGUCAGAAUCACACCAAAAAAGCUACUUCACCCAGCCAGAAGAUGCACAACUUCAACAAGAGACCAGAGAGAUCUAAGCUGCUUUACCACACCUGCUGCUCUGCUACCUCAACUAAAAAUCAUGCACAAAGUAAAGAGCACUGUAAAAGUGCUGAUGAGUCGGUGAUGCUGAGUGAAAAGGCAGCAAGCGCACGGAUGAGGAAGAGAGGUCUUCACCGUCCUCUAACACGUGACUCCAUCCUACUUAAGGUCAAUGCUAUGCAGAGGGCAUGGUGUACCGAUGAAACCAGCAUCAACAUGGAGCGCAAUGCCCAGCUGAGAGACUCCUGGGGUCCUGAGACACCCAAGAGCCCAAUAGAUCUGCCAAUAGACGCUCAUCUCAGGAGGCCUAAGACCUGCAUCCCCAUUUUAAAGCAAGCAGCCAGUCAAACUGUCAUGAACACAAUCCAUGGCAGGGCUAAGUGUCACAUUGCUCACACAACCCGGCCAAUCAGGAAGCUGAGUGGGUUUGCUACAAGUACAGCAGAGAGACCAAGGACUCCUGAGUGUGCAGUUACAACAAGAUCCCAUCUUAAUCUAGAACAGUCCAUGAAAUCUAGUACCAGCUUACCCAGGAUCAGCCCUGUGAGUCCAGUCAGAAUGCGUGGAGGAUUCAGGCUGAUCUCAGGGAAACAGCUGGAGGACUGUAACUGUUCUAAGAGGGGUCUGACACUGAGCUAUGAGCUAAAACUGACCAAGAAACAGUAG